UGCUGUUAGGGGCACGUUUGCGUGGCGUAUGACGUCAUAAGUGUGUCGCGCAUGUUCUUCCGGCCCUAAUAUAUAACCAACAAUAUAGAGUUCAUUUUCGUUUCAGUCACAGAUGAACUUCGGACAAUAAUACUGUCCAGGUGAAGAGAUUCCACUGGGGGACUUCAAAAUCAGAGGACUCUAAAAAGACUGACUUCAUUUGGUCCUCAACAUGGGGGUUGUAAUAUCCCGGUUUAGGACUAAGCCAUCAACUGUAGAGGUCUUGGAAGGAAUUGAUAAGGAUAUCCAGGCUUGUGAGGAAUGUCAAGAACUGUAUCAAAAACAGUUGAAGUUAUGGGUGUGGAGACUGCUUCAGUACUCAUCUCUUCUUUACCUGAUGGCCAGCAUAAUUGUGUAUCUUUGGUACCUUCCUGAACAGAUGAUUGGAAAGGUCAUAUUGGUCCUUCCUUUUGUAGUAUUUCCACUAUUUGUAUGGCUCCUUCGAAAGGGGCUGCUCACUCUUUUUAAAAGAAGAACAGAAAAAAACAAUGAAAAAUUGGAGGACCUCAAAUCACAAAAACGAAAAAUGCUUCUAGAGGUGAUGGAGACUGAAACAUACAAAACCGCAAAAAUUAUUCUGGAGAGAUUUGAUCCUGAUUCAAAGACAAAGGUGCCAGAAUCCAUUCCAAGUGGAACACCUAUGACUCCAAAACCCGGCCAAGAACUCCGUCAGCGGCAUGUCACUCCUCGGCCCCCGGUGGCGGUGACUCCUGCUGCAGCACGUCCUCUUCUGGCACCAGGGGCCACCCAUGCAGGACCGCCCCUCCACUCAGCUCCUGGAGGACCCCCAGAGAGAAUCCUGUCUGCUGAGGCUGCUCAGCAGAGCUUGAUGAAGAGGCCCAUGACCCCUGGCACACCUGUUCCAGGAGUUGGAAUGCACCCUCCAGGUCCACCCUUGGCCAGACCUGUUCUCCCCCGGGAUAGAGGCACCAUGGACAGGGUCAUUGAGUACUUUGUUGGCGAUGGUCCUCAGAAUAGAUAUGCCCUCAUAUGCCAGCAGUGUCUCACCCAUAACGGCAUGGCAUUAAAAGAGGAAUUUGAAUAUGUUGCCUUCAGAUGUGCAUAUUGUUAUUUCCUGAAUCCUGCGAGAAAGACCAGACCCCAAGCCCCCCGACUCUCUGAGGUCACUGCUGAGGCAAAGACGCCCUCACACGCACCCAUACCAACAUCACCAACACCCGUAGAACCAGCACCUGUAGAACCAGCACCUGAAGCUGAUGAGAGCCCCGCUACUGCAGUUGCCGAGAAGCAGCCUACUCCCCCAGCUGAAGAGGAGAUCCAGGAGUUGGUGACUCUGACCACAGAUACUGCCCCAGAAACAGAAGCGCCAGGAACUUCACAAUCUCUGCAACUCACCCCAGUGAAGUCAGAUGGGGAGCUGGAUGUAUCAGCCAUGGAGGUUGAAUAGAAUGUCAUUUCAACACAUGCAUUUAUGCUAGAGCUAUGUUCUUUUUUUUGGGGGGGGGGUUCUUUCUGUUUUUAAAGUAAACUUAAUAAUGGUUAGACUAAUGCUGUGAGGUAGAAUGGCAGAAUAACAGGCGACGGGUUUGGUAUUAACUUAAAGGUAUUUUCUUGUCAGUUGUCAUGAUACCAAUAUAUGAAUUUAAUGAUUGGAAUAAAAAUGAACAGCCAAUGCUUGAGAUUUUACAUCAUGUCCACGGCACUUUCAUGAACUGUACUUUCACUUUUAUACAUUAAGCGACAGCACACUUAGUUCAGCUAGCUAAGCGUUUAACGUUGAUGCACAUAUAGUGUGUUCUACAUACGCGGAUAAGCAAUUUCCCACAUUACUAUUGUAUUUGUGACUCGUCUAUAUCCAUGUUGUCUACAGACAUGCAUGAUGAUGAUGAUAACGAGGCAAAAUCUAGCUAAGCAGUUUUAGUCGAUGCACAUGUACGAUGAAGGUUUCUUUUUUUUUUUUUGUAAUUUAAGUAAUUUGCUACAUUGUUUUAGAAGUUUGUCUUUUGACUGAAAAGUCUUACCAUGUCUACAAAAGUGCAAAAAAUGUCCUGUCUGGUGUGAUGUGAAAUAUUUUUAGGGGGCAGAUAUUUAUAGAUACUACGGUGUACGUUAGUGCCUUUUUAACAGUAUUGUCUAGGUUUUGGGUAGUCCUAGUACAAUGGGACUAACCACGUUUACACAGUAAUAGAACAGUCAUAGUAGUUCUUAUUUAUUGCUUAAAAGGAGAAAUGAUGUACUGCUGUCCUCUGCACCUGAGUGCCUUGAUGUGUUUUAUCUUUCCACUUUGAAAUGAAUAAAGACUUGAGUCAUUGUCAGAAUG